AUGUCACGCCACGGAUCGGCCGAUUUGUUUUUGUUGACGACUGAGUUGAACCACGUUGACUUUCGCCUCUCUCGGAGUUUUGUCGCUUCUUUCAUCUGACUGAAGUCUGUGUCUGGUUCGUGGACGUAAGGAUAAUGAGUGAUGGAGAUCAGGUUAUAUUUAUAUUAGACCCUGAAGGUCAAGAGGAAGAGUCCUCGACGGAUGAGAUGGAGGACCUGAAGGUGGGUGAUGAGUCCUUGGAGAAGCGGAGCAGCGAGCACAUGGAAGAUGUCGUCGGUGAGAUGAUGGAUCAGAACGGUCCGAGUGCAGCCAGUAGUGCCCAGGGCGUCAACAAACCGCCUGCAGCUAAUACAGCUAUUAAAGGCAGUAUAAGUUCAAACUCACGUCCCUAUACUCACAGACACAGUAUGUCUGGUGUGUCCAUGGACUACCGACCCUCGCGCAAGCCCUCCUACCCUAAGGACUCAAGUGUGGCAACUCCAGAAGAAUUUGUGAAACGUUUUGGUGGCAACAGAGUCAUCAGAAAGGUUUUGAUAGCUAACAAUGGAAUCGCCGCUGUCAAGUGUAUGCGCUCCAUCAGACGGUGGUCUUACGAAAUGUUCCGAAAUGACAAGGCCAUCAAGUUUGUUGUCAUGGUUACGCCAGAGGACCUCAAAGCGAACGCUGAGUACAUUAGAAUGGCUGACCACUGCACCUCUGUAACAGGAGGCGCCAACAACAACAACUAUGCCAAUGUGGAGUUGAUUCUUGAUAUCGCCAAAAGAGAACAAGUACAGGCUGUGUGGGCAGGCUGGGGCCAUGCAUCAGAAAACCCCAAACUUCCAGAACUGCUUCAUAAAAAUGGGAUAACAUUUAUAGGACCCCCGGAAGAUGCUAUGUGGGCGUUAGGAGACAAGAUCGCCUCAUCUGUCGUGGCUCAGAGUGCUGGAGUACCCACCUUGCCCUGGAGUGGGUCAGGUCUGACCCUAAAGUGGACAGAGAAUGACCGGGAUGGGAACCGGCCACUGACCGUUCCUCAGGAUGUGUACCGUAAAGGCUGUGUGCUGAACGCUGACCAGGGUCUUGCUGCCGCUAAGAAGAUCGGCUUCCCCGUCAUGGUGAAGGCAUCAGAGGGAGGUGGAGGGAAGGGCAUCAGGAAGGUGGACUGUGAGGGGGACUUCAACAGCCUCUUCAGACAGGUGCAGGCUGAAGUGCCAGGCUCUCCAAUAUUUGUGAUGCAACUGGCAACACAUGCACGGCAUCUAGAAGUGCAGCUGUUAGCAGACACUUACGGGAAUGCCAUUUCUGUGUUUGGGCGUGACUGCUCCAUACAGAGACGACAUCAGAAAAUCAUUGAGGAGGCACCGGCCUCCAUAGCUGAACCAAUUGUUCUUGAAAAAAUGGAAAAGGCAGCUGUAAAACUUGCCAAGAUGGUGGGCUAUGUGAGUGCAGGGACCGUGGAAUACCUGUACAACACUGACGAUGAAACAUUCCACUUCCUGGAGCUGAACCCCCGUCUACAGGUGGAACACCCUUGUACAGAGAUGGUGGCUGAUGUCAACCUUCCUGCUGCUCAGCUGCAGAUUGCUAUGGGUUUGCCAUUGUACAGAAUCAAAGAUAUUAGGUUAUUGUAUGGUGAAGAGCCAUUUGGCGAAUCGCCAAUAGACUUCGAGAAAACCACCUUCAAACCACAACCAAAAGGUCAUGUGAUCGCUGCAAGAAUUACAAGUGAAAACCCAGAUGAGGGUUUUAAGCCAAGCUCUGGGACAGUACAGGAGCUGAAUUUCCGCAGCAACCGUAACGUGUGGGGUUACUUCAGUGUGACAGCCUCAGGAGGGUUACACGAGUAUGCCGACUCUCAGUUUGGCCAUUGUUUCUCCUGGGGAGAGGAUCGCGAGGAAGCCAGGGAGAACAUGGUAGUAGCCCUGAAGGAGCUGUCAAUCCGAGGUGACUUCAGGACAACAGAUGAGUACCUCAUCAAACUGUUAGAGACAGAGAAAUUCCAGAUGAACCACAUAGACACUGGGUGGCUGGACAAACUCAUUGCUGAGAAGGUUCAGGCCGAGAAGCCAGACACAAUGUUAGCUGUGGUAUGUGGGGCCCUACACGUAGCUGAUCAGCAUAUACGAGAAAGCUUUCAGAAUUUCCAAACAUCUCUAGAAAGGGGCCAAAUACUACCUUUGAACUCACUGAAGAAUAUAAUAGAUGUGGGUUUGAUCUAUGAAGGCUUCAAAUACAUUAUCAAGGUUGUGAAAACUGGUCCAAACAGUUACUUUCUCUUAAUGAAUGAUUCUUCCAUUGAUGUUGAGGGCCAUAGAUUGAGCGAUGGAGGCCUGCUGCUGUCAAUAGAUGGUAACAGUCACACAACAUACAUGAAAGACCAGAUCGGCAGCUACCGAGUAACCAUUGGCAACCAGACAUGUGUCUUCCAGAAGGAGAAUGAUCCCACCCUUCUUAGGUCACCGUCUGCAGGAAAGCUGAUUAAUUACACAUUGGAGGACGGAGCCCAUGUGUAUUCUGGAGAGGUGUACGCUGAGAUUGAGGUCAUGAAAAUGGUCAUGGAGCUGCGGGUCUCGGAAAGUGGUUGUAUCCACUAUGUUAAACGACCAGGGGCGGUGUUAGACCCAGGAAGUCUUGUCUCUCACUUACAGCUGGAUGACCCCACCCGAGUACAACAGGCCAAACUAUUCUCGGGACAGUUUCCCCAGACCCAGAAGCCUUCCAACCAUGGAGAUAAGCUUCACCAAGUGUUCCAGAGUGCGAAGACAGAACUAGACCAUAUCCUUGCAGGGUACGCCCUACCUGAUCCAUACGGACAGAAGUUUAUGAAUGAGACCGUGGAGAAGGUCAUGAAAUGUCUGCGAGAUCCUUCCUUACCUCUGCUUGAGCUUCAGGAGUUGAUAUCAAUUAUAUCUGGGCGAAUUCCUCCACCAGUGGAACGUGCUAUCCGUAAACUUUUGGCCUCGUAUUCCAGUAAUAUCACCUCUGUGCUGUGUCAGUUCCCAAGCCAACAGUGGUACCAGCAGUCAGAGGAGUGGCCAUUAGGGGCAAAGAUAGCCAAUGUGAUUGACGGACAUGCGGCCACAUUAAACAGAAGAGAUGACCGAGAUGUGUUCUUCUUGACCACACAGGGUAUUGUCCAGUUAGUCCAAAGGUAUCGUAAUGGCAUCCGUGGUCACAUGAAGAGUGUAGUACAGGAAUUUCUGAGACAGUACUUGAGGGUGGAGACCCAGUUUCAAGAUGGUCAUUAUGACAAGUGUGUGGCUGCUCUUAGAGAACGGAACAAAGAUGAUAUGGCAGCAGUCACAGCCACCAUCUUCUCUCAUUCUGCAGUUCUCAAAAAGAAUGCUCUGAUCAUCAUGUUGAUUGAUCACCUGUGUGGGCGUGAACCCGGUUUGACAGAUGAGCUGACCAGUAUUCUGAAUGAACUGACCUCUCUGAACAAGUCAGAAAAUGCCAAAGUAGCACUUCGAGCCCGUCAGGUGCUGAUAGCUGCUCACCAACCUCCAUAUGAACUACGGCAUAACCAGAUGGAGUCUAUUUUCCUCUCAGCCAUUGACAUAUACGGUCACGAUUUCUGUCCAGAAAACCUACAGAAAUUGAUUAUGUCCGAGACAGCCAUACACGAUGUGCUGCAGGAUUUUCUGUACCAUCCUAAUGUCCUGGUGCGCAUGGCUGCCCUUGAGGUAUAUGUAAGACGAGCAUACACUGCCUAUGAGCUCCACUGUCUUAAGCACUGCCAGGUGAAUGACGAGGGACUAUGUGUGGUAGAGUUCCACUUCUACCUGCCCAGCUCCCAUCCUAACAGGUUAAUGGUGAUCCGUAUGGACUCUAAGAUCCCCCGAGUGCCCAGUAUAGAGGAGGACGUGGGCUUCAUGUUUGACGCCACAGAUGAGCCCCCUGUCUGUCAGAGGAUGGGAAUCAUGUCUGCCUUCAGCUCAUUUGAUCAGUUCACAAGGUCCUUUGACACUUUGAUGGAACGUUUCCGUGCCAACGUGCUUCCUGACAGCCCGAAACUCCUGGACAGAGAGAUAGCGCAUAGGCUAGAGUAUGAGCUGGAUGAUGAGGCUACACAGGAAAACCCAGAUGAGCCAACCCACAUCAUCAAUGCUGCCAUACGCUGUGAGGAGAGAGACAGCGAUGAUGUCUUUGCGGAGAAAUUCCAGACAUUUUGCCAGUCAAAGAAAGACAUUUUGAAUGAGAAAAGCAUCCGCAGAGUCACCAUCCUUGUCUUGUUUAGGAGGGCUUUCCCCAAGUAUUACACUUACAGGGCCAGGUUUGAUUUUCGUGAGGACCGUAUCUAUCGUCAUCUGGAGCCUGCCCUGGCCUUUCAGCUGGAGAUUAAUCGUAUGAGGAACUUUGACCUUGAGGCUAUCCCAACAGCCAACAGCAAGAUGCACCUCUACCUGGGAAAGGCAAAGCAAGUCGCCAAAGGACAGGAAGUGACUGAUUAUCGUUUCUUUGUUCGAUCCAUCAUCAGACACUCAGACCUGGUGACAAAGGAGGCUUCGUUUGAGUAUCUCCAGAAUGAAGGGGAGAGAACUCUAUUGGAAGCAAUGGAUGCAUUGGAAGUGGCCUUCUCUCACCCAUAUUCCAAGCGCACAGACUGUAAUCACAUAUUCCUGAAUUUUGUACCAAGUAUGACUCUCUCUGACCCAAGCAAGCUGGAGGAGACUGUCCGGGGGAUGGUCAUGAGGUAUGGCAGCCGACUGUGGAAAUUACGGGUCCUGCAGGCCGAGUUGAAGCUGACCAUUCGCCUGCCAGGCAGCAGUAACAGCUUCCCGAUCCGCCUGUUCCUGACCAAUGAGAGCGGAUACUACCUGGAUAUCAGUCUUUAUAAGGAGGCUAAGGACCCUCGUACAGGACAGGUGAUGUUUGAGGCUUAUGGAGCCAAGCAGGGACCCCUAAAUGGCCUGUUGAUCAGUACGCCAUAUGUGACUAAGGAUCACCUGCAACUGAAGAGAUUCCAGGCUCAGUCCAGUGGUACCACCUACGUCUACGACUUCCCAGAGAUGUUCAGACAGGCAAUGAUGAAACAGUGGCAGGAGUACAUACAUCAGUACGAUUUGCCCGAGUCUGUCAUCCCAGCUGAGCCCAUGAGUUACAUAGAGCUGGUGUUGAGUGGCCAUGGGCAUGUGUCUGAACAGAAAAGACUGCAUGGAGAGAAUGAGAUUGGUAUGGUAGCAUGGAGAAUGACAUUUAAAACCCCGGAAUUCCCAGAAGGCAGAGACAUCAUUGUUAUUGCAAACGACAUUACUUUCAAGAUUGGCUCCUUUGGGCCUCAAGAGGAUUUACUGUUUAAGAAAGCCUCUGAGUUAUCUCGGCAGAAGGGGAUUCCCCGUGUGUACAUUGCAGCCAAUAGUGGAGCACGUAUAGGACUCGCAGAGGAAAUCAAGCACCAGUUUCAGGUGGCCUGGCGUGACAAAGAGGAUCCUGAUAAGGGAUUUGAGUACAUUUAUCUGACACCAGAGGACUUUAAGAAAGCUGGAUCUCUGGGAUCUGUGAAGGCGGAGUUGAUUGAUGAUGAAGGCGAGGCCAGAUACAGGAUCACAGAUAUCAUAGGUAUGGAGGAUGGACUUGGGGUAGAGAAUCUCAGAGGCUCAGGGAUGAUCGCAGGAGAGACAUCACAGGCCUACAAUGAAGUAGUCACCAUUAACCUGGUGACCUGCAGAGCUAUAGGUAUAGGAGCUUACCUGGUUCGUUUAGGACAGAGAGUGAUCCAGGUGGAGAAUUCCCACAUCAUCCUGACAGGGGCAGGUGCUCUUAACAAGGUGCUGGGCCGGGAGGUUUACACCAGUAACAACCAGCUUGGAGGCAUCCAGAUCAUGCAUAACAAUGGGGUGUCUCAUGAUGUUGUCUCUGACGACUUUGAAGGUGUCUGUAAAGUGCUAAAAUGGCUCUCUUUCAUGCCACUGUGUCGUAAUGGUCCCCUGGCCAUGCUGAAAAUCCAUGACCCUGUAGACCGUGAGAUAGACUUCACCCCAACCAAGGCUCCUUACGACCCUCGCUGGAUGCUGGCUGGCAGACCUCACCCAGACAAGCCUGUUGUCUGGCAAAGUGGAUUCUUUGAUCAGAAUUCUUGGAAUGAAAUUCUCCACCCUUGGGCACAGACUGUGGUUGUUGGAAGGGCUAGGCUGGGGGGUAUACCUGUAGGCGUGGUGAGUGUUGAGACCCGCAGUGUGGAGCUAGUGGUGCCUGCUGACCCAGCCAACCUGGACUCUGAAACUAAGGUCAUUCAACAAGCUGGACAAGUUUGGUUCCCAGACUCUGCGUAUAAAACUGCCCAGGCUAUGAUGGACUUCAACAGAGAAGAACUCCCAUUGAUGGUAUUUGCGAACUGGAGAGGAUUCUCUGGGGGAAUGAAAGAUAUGUAUGACCAGGUGCUGAAGUUUGGAUCGUAUAUAGUGGACUCGUUGCGUGAAUACAAGCAGCCUGUCCUGAUCUACAUACCCCCAUUCGCGGAGGUGCGAGGUGGGGCAUGGGUUGUGGUGGAUCCCAGCAUUAAUCCCAGCUACAUGGAGAUGUAUGCUGAUGAACUCAGUCGUGGUGGAGUGUUAGAACCUGAGGGAACAGUGGAGAUAAAGUUCCGGCGUAAGGAUUUAGACAAAUCGAUCCGACGCCUCGACCCUGUGUGUCGCCGCCUGGUGGAGAAGCUGAACACCCCUGACCUAGGACCAGACGAGAAGGUACAGCUGGAGGGAGAGCUGCUGAAGAGGAUGGAGAAGCUACUGCCCAUAUAUCACACGGUGGCCGUGCAGUUUGCUGAUCUCCAUGAUACAGCCGGCCGGAUGGAGGAGAAAGGAGUAAUCUCUCGUAUUUUACAAUGGCGGACCAGUCGCAAAUUCUUCUACUGGCGGCUACGUCGCCUAUUGUUGGAGGGUGGUCUGAAGAAGAAGAUGCGAGAGGUUACAGACGCGAGCGAGGGUCAGCUGCACUCCAUGUUAGGGCGCUGGUUCGUAGAGGACCAGGGGACUGUUAAUUCAUAUCAGUGGGAGAAUGACGAGGCUGCAGUAGCCUGGCUGGAUGAUCAGCUGAAUGGCGAGCCGACCAAGAAGUCUGUCAUAGAAAAUCUACGCUGUCUACAGAGGGAGCAUGUGACACAGCAAAUCAGGAAAUUAAUUCAAGACAACCCAGACGUGGCCAUGGAUUCUAUUAUUCACAUCACGCAGAACAUCUCAGCAAGUCAGCGGACAGAGCUUAUUAACAUCCUCAGUAACAGACCAGGGUCUUCAACAUCAUCUUCAUGAAGAAAGGAUGGUCGAAGGGGAGAUAAUCAGUGCCUUCCAGACAACCUGGUGAGGCCAUGGAUUCCAUCAUUCAUAUCACAGAACAUAAUCAACAUCCCCUGUACAAAAUCACGGUUAUUCAUAACCAAGCAUGUGUUCCAAGGGGAGAUAACCAGUGCCAAUGGCGAAAAACCAGGCAAGUGCUUAGCCGAUGUGCUCGAAGACAAGAGAAAGAAACACAAAGUCUGAAGUGUAGCAACUUCUAGCAAACCCAAAAGACCACUCACACAUUUACAUCUUGUCGUGUUAUAAUCACUUUGUGAAACGUACUGGUGAUAAAGGUCACUAAUUUUAUACUUACUUGUUUGGAAUUGUGAAAGCAUGUUUCAUAUGAACCAUGUUUUGCUUUGGAUCUCUUGCCAGCGGACAGGAAUAGAUCUGAUUAUUCAUUUUACUCAAUGAGAAUACUCAUUUUAUGUAUAAUCAUUCCAGCAGGAAAUACCUGUGCUAUUACCUGGCUUAGUACUUGAUAAUGUCACAGACUGUGAUGCCUGUCAUCUCAAGUCUAUAAGCCUCAUUUGGUUGAUAGCUCUGACUUUGCCCCCUCAGCUGAGUCUAAGGUGUUAAUGUACAUGUUUGCAAUGACUGCAACAACACAGUGGUAUGGUAAGGAAUAUUUCACAGACAGUAGGAUAAUUCGGAGCUGAUAAGAAUAGUGGAUUAUUUUGAGGAUUAUACCGAGCUCGUGGACGUCACAUGGGAUGAUAUGCAGAUUUGUGGGAACUUCGUCUGAUCACGAUACGGGAUUAGUAAGAUUGUUAUAGGCUGGAGAAUUCAUGGAGAUUGCUGUAAACCUUGACCCUUACAUGAUGACAAAAGGUUAGUAUGAAAAACAUACACAGGGCUUUAUGAAGACGUAUUUAGAAUUGUUCUAUGAAGACAUUAUAGAAUCGUUUUUUAGACGAUUAGUCUAGGGUUUUUGGCUGGCGAUGUUUUCGAAUAGAACUGGUAAAAACAAAGCAAGUGGCAUUAUGGGUAAAACUACCAAAACCAUGGUGAUUCACUGAAUUGUAGAUUAAAAAUUGUGCCAGUUAAUAAUACACAUUCAUUGAGGCAUGAUAGUCACCUUGCUGCUGAUAUUUACUCUUGGUUUACUUGCUCUCUGUAUCUUGUAUUUAACCGGUGGUUAGUUGUACAUUUUUUGCCUGAACACGAAGUGCUCAUGUACAUCAAUAUAAGCUGGACAUAUAUGUAUGCAUGUUAUUAACCAAAUGUUAUUCUGGAAUUAUUCAUGACAUGUACUGUUACUGUUACAGAUGAAAACUGGCUUUCAUCUGUACUUGGAAAGGAGACAUAUCAAAUUUGUAGCCAUUGUCACUUCAGUUCGCAUGUACAUAAAUAUCAGCUGUGUUCAGAAUCAAAUAUUACUGUGCAGCGUGAAAAAAAGUGACUUUUGUUGUUGCAUUACACUGUUACGAGCAAUCAGAUUUUUGGAUUUUUCUUUGUGCAAUAGUUACUGAUAAGGCUAUGAAAUAGCUUUGUAUGGUUUCUGUCUCUUGUUAAGAUGUAUUUUGAAUAUACAUGUAACUUUGUUGUCAUAGUGUUUGUUGUAUAAUGCUGUAUUUUUUUUUUUUUUUUUUACGAGUUAUAAUUUAUUUUAGGACAGCAGCUUCUAAUUUUUUUUUAAAUUCUGUCUAUUUACUAAAGAUGAACAAAUCAGUGUCUACAGGGAUUUCAUUUUUCUCUUUUGCCAAGAUUAUUUAAAAUUUUGCUGCUCAUAAAAACUGGCAUUUACAUGAAUUUGAAACACGUCUUUUGAAGAAAACAAAAACUCUGAAAGACAUGAAUGUUUGUUAUAUUUUGUUACAAGAAUGAUGAAGAUCAGGGGGCGCUUACGAUUAUGUGGAAACACCUGUGUCGCCUUCUUAUGAGGACCAAUCACAUUACAAUAACGGCGCAUAGUGUCACCCGUUUGGCUAGGCUAGGCUAGG